AUGUCCACAUCUCUAGAGAUUGAGCAGAAAUAUGCUCUGGUGACCCGUCGGCUGGAGGUUCAAACUGAGACGACUGUACAGCAGUUGCAUGCUGUCCUCAGCAGGCGAGAAGUAGUCAAAUAUCAAUGGAUCACGGCGCCAACAGGAAAGCCACACAUUGGAUACUUGAUCCCAUUGCUCAAGUUUGCUGAUUUCAUUCGAGCGGGUGGCGAGGUCAUCGUGGAACUCACCGACACGUACGCGUUCCUUGUGAACUACAAAAUUCCCUGGGAACAAGUCCUUCACCGCACUGCGUACUAUCAGGCUUUGAUCACGGCUGCCUUGAAAGUAGUGGGGAUUCCCCUGUCGAAGGUUCAAAUUGUGCAAGCGUCCACAUAUCAGGGAACCUAUUCAUUUUCGGUGGACUUCUGGAAGCUUUGCGCCUUGUCUUCCCUGCAUGAUGUUCGGAGAACAGGCGCGGAGGUCGGAUCUUCGACCAUGCUAAGCCCCCUCCUCACGCCAAUCCUUCAAGAAUUGGCCGAGGUGCACUCAGCAGUGGAUGUGCAGCUGGGCGGAAAGGACCAGCGCGGCAUCUUUGAGUUCGGCGAGGAGUUUCUUCCUCGGCUUGGGUAUCCCAAACGGGCCCAUGUCCUGAAUGAAAUGUUACCUGGUCUGACUGGGGACAAAAUGUCCUCAUCCUAUGCGGCUCAUACGAAAAUCAUGUUCCUCGAUGAUGCGAAUACGAUCCAAGAAAAGAUCGCUGGAGCUGCAUGCCCCAUCGGCGUAGUCGAGGGCAACGCUAUCCUACCCAUUGUGCAACAUAUUUUGAUGCCGCUCAGGGAGCUACAUCUGGCGGAUUUCCCUCAGGCUCUUUCCGGUGAAUUGGACACGGCUGAUGAGGUGAGCGGCCACCGUGAAGGUGGACAGGCCCCCUUCAAUGGUCUGGACGUUCAACCCGGAACCCUUUUCAGUGUCUCCGUUCGACGAGAUGGAGACGGUGGCUGUGAGGAGCAUCAGCACUACCGGUCGUAUGAAGACCUCGAGCAGGACUAUAGGGCGCACCGCAUUCCUCCUGACUCAUUGAAGGCCGCCGUGGCAUCUGGCCUUAUCGAGGUGCUGGAGCCUUUGCGGCAGAUCUAUGAAAGCAGCCCGGAGUGGCGCGAGUCAGACCUGCGCGGAUACCCUGAAGAUUGGCCUGUUCCAGCAGCCACUGUAGAACAGGCCUGA